GGCCCGAACCUGAUCAUUAAUCAGCCCGACGAGCUGCUGGAGAGCAUGUCCGAGUGGUGCAAGGAGCACCACGGCAAGUCGGGCCUCACGAAGGCUGUGAAGGAGAGCAAGAUUUCCUUGCAGCAGGCGGAGUACGAGUUCCUGUCCUUCGUGCGGCAGCAGACACCACCGGGUCUGUGUCCUCUGGCAGGUAACUCUGUGCACGCAGAUAAGAAAUUCCUUGACAAAUACAUGCCUCAGUUCAUGAGGCACCUUCAUUACCGCAUCAUUGAUGUGAGCACCGUCAAGGAGCUCUGCAGACGCUGGUAUCCAGAAGAGUACGAGUUUGCACCAAAGAAGGCAGCUUCUCACAGAGCACUCGAUGACAUCAGGGAAAGCAUCAAAGAGCUGCAGUUCUACAGAGAGAGCAUCUUCAAGAGGAGAACGGAUGAAAAGAAAAGGAAACUCAUAGAGAACGGGGAGAGCGAUAAGACCGCCAGCUGAUUGCUCCUCGCCGCGCCACCCCGCAGCACACAGUUAGAUGCGUCUCCUGUUCUUUUCUGUCUGCCCAUCUCCCCAGAAGCUGUGGCCCUUCAGCAACCUGGUUUAACAG